AUGGAUACCAGCGACGCCUAUCGACAGGCGCUGGAACGAUCGACGACGCUUGAUACUCCAACGGAAUGGGCAGAUGAAAGUCACGAUGUUCCAGUGGCGCGUGGUAUCAACCGGGCUGGUUGCGAGCAAUGGCUCCGUGACAUGUGUUUCCCCGCCGACGACGCGACGUGGAAUCGCAUCAAGAUGAAAUGGAUCAGUUUUCUGUCCGCAACAAGCAUGAUGCCCGAUGUGGCACUGGCGCCGAACCGCAAAGCCGUUCAAUUCACCUCUGGUGAUGGGCGCCUUGUCGACAGCAUAGAAAAAAGGUUCUCCACAGACCGCUUCCACCGAAAGGUCGUGCAGGCGUCCUUUUGGGCAGACUCGGGCUUGGAAGGCCUAGAGGCGCUCGCAGAGCGGUGGCCAGGGAUCGCGUGGACGGCGCUCAAUGCCGCAGACGAGGGGAGGAGAGGCCAGGAGUUCCAGACACUGGCGGCGAUCUGGGAUCUGGGAAGGCGUCGACGGUACCAGGCGUGUGACGAGCAUGUGGGUUUCCUACUGUAUUGCCACGAGGAUGGUGCUCUUCAUGACCUAGGCCUACAGCUGGACCAAGACCAACAAGACGAUCUUAUCGACCUGGAGCAGGGGGUGUCCGUGUCCAUGAUGGAGCAGAGAACUCUGCGAUGGAAUAAGCCCAGUGCUCUUGACGGGGUCUGGGCCGUAACGGAACAGCUCCUAGUGAAAGCCAUGAACAGGAGAGGGUCGACGGCGCAAAACAACCCGCUGCUGUGGUGGGUAGCGAUCAUGACCAAGUCGGCACUGGAAGGCGGUACCGACUUCAUCAGCAGCGGCAGGUUCAACAUGAACCCAAUGCCCAUGGACCUGGACCUCCGUGGCCGAGCAGAGGCAUUGGUACACUACGGCAAGAUCUUGAUGCUGAAUACUGCAUUUAUUUCGUGGAAUCCGGACCGGGAUUCAUUUGCGGAGGUCGAAGGGGACUUGAAUCUAGUCGACAACGAGUGGCUGAACGUGGAGGUAUCUCAUCAUCUCGACGUAUCCCCUAUUCUCAAGGUCCGUAAUAUAAUGUACAGCUAUACUCACAAGCUCUCAAGAAAGCAGCCGUGUACCAGACGUGGAUGA